AUGCAUUGUUCGCCAGUGCCAGAAAGAAGCAGGUACCAAGCGGCGCCGGGAUGGCUCCAGAGGUCUGAUCUCUACAAUCUGAAGAAGAGAGGAAGAGUCGCCCAUCCUCAGGACACACUCAAAGACACAGCCUUGGCCAGAGGAGACCCUAUAAGAGCAGCCCUGGUAACUAACAGCACUGAGGUGUCUAACCGCCCCCGCUGUGGCGUCCCUGACUACCCUAUGCUGAAUGAUGUCCUCUACAGGGGGAAACACAGGCAGAAACGCUUUGUCCUGUUCGGGGUGCGCUUGGAGAAGACUGACCUCACCUACAAAGUGGUUCGCUUCCCCUGGCAGAUGAGUGAGGACAAGGUGCGGCGUGUCCUGCAGGAAGCACUGAGAGUGUGGAGUGAGGUCACACCCCUCACCUUCACUGAGGUCAGCAGUGGAAAGGCUGACAUUGUCAUCGACUUCACCAGGUACUGGCAUGGAGAUAACCUGCCCUUUGACGGGCCUGGGGGCAUUCUAGCUCAUGCCUUCUUCCCCAAGACCCACAGGGAGGGCGACAUCCAUUUUGACUAUGAUGAAGCAUGGACCCUUGGCAACUACAUGGGCACAGACCUCCUCCAAGUGGCUGCUCAUGAGUUUGGACAUGUUCUGGGCCUGCAGCACUCCCGGGAACUGGGUGCAGUGAUGUCCCCUUAUUACAGCUUCUCCUAUCCCCUGGAGUUGAGCGAGGAUGACAAGCUGGGGAUCCAAUACCUGUACGGCCAUCGUCCACAUAUCCUGCCCCCACCUCCACUAUCACCACCGCCACAAAUCCCCACAGAGACCAAUGAGAUCAUUAGUAGUAUCCCUGACGUCUGCCAGACAGACUUUGAUGCUGUGUCUAUGAUCCGUGGGGAGCUGUUUUUCUUUAAAUCAAGCUAUGUGUGGCGCAUUCGGGAGGGGCGGCUGGAGGCGGGCUACCCCGCGCUGGCGUCCCGCCAUUGGAGGGGGAUUCCAGAGAGCAUUGAUGCUGCCUUUGAAGACCAAUCAGGGAGUAUCUGGUUCUUUCAAGGUCAAAGCUACUGGGUGUUUGAUGCAGAGAGACAGAUCACAGGGCCAGAACCUGUGCGGAGGCUCGGCCUGUCAGUCUCCCACAUCCAGGCAGCCCUGCUCUGGGGCCAGGACAGCAGUUACAACACCUACUUCUUCAAGUCAGGCAGCUACUGGAGGUUCAGCCCCAAGGAGAACCGCGUCCACUCUGUCUACCCUCGCAACAUGCAGGACUGGAGCGGCAUCCCCAGUGAUGUUGACGCAGCCUUCAAGGACCAAUACGGCUAUGCCCACCUUAUCCGAGGGAGGCAGUACUGGAAGUUUGAUCCUGUGGAGAUGAAUUUACUAGAGGGGUAUCCUCGCUAUAUUGGAAUGGACUUCUUUGGUUGCCUAAAUGCAUGA